AUGAAGUUGAAGAUCAGCAAAGCCUGUGAUCUUGGCUCCAUCUCUGUUUUUCCUCCUAAUACAAGGAGAUCAAGCAUGCCGCCGAGUGUACCGCAAUCAUCACAACUUAGAUCACAACCAUCACAACAAUCGUUCUCACAGGGGAUUUCCUCUCAGCAUAAAAUACAUUUUGGAGCAGUUACAUCUCCGACAGUUUUCCCUUCUGGUGUUCGUGUCGCUUCACACGGUAUUGGCCCUCUAGGUCCAUCUCGAUCAGAAAUUCAAAUGUCUCACCAUGUUUAUGAAGCCGAGAAUGAUUGUAGCUUCUUCUUUGAGAAAAAGAACUCAAAUGAAUCUUGUCUUCGUUUGGAAGAUUCACCGCCGUAUUUCGCCGGUAGGAGGCCUACAGGUUUCUCCUUUCCGAAUUCGGCUCCUUUUUCCUACAACAGUGUUCCGCCACCGCUCAACGGCAUCGAGAUGGCCAAGCAGAGAGCUCAGGAGAUUGUCGCUCGCCUUACUGCAUCCGUUGCCUCUGCUGGUGCUGAGCUGAAGCGCCCUCGUGUCGAAAAAAGAUCUGGCGGUGGCUUUGAUUACGAGAAGGGAUUUAGCUCCGCUCCUUCUUAUAUAAAACCUUCAUCAAACUUUGCUCCUUCAGCCAUACCGGUUUCUUAUGGAAGCUACCAUGGUAGUAGCAAUAAGAUUGAUAUUUCUCAAAAUAAGGUUGGUGUUAUAAUUGGGAAAGCUGGAGAAACCAUCGAAUAUCUUCAACUACAAUCUGGGGCAAAGAUUCAGAUCCAAAGAGAUACUGAUGCAGACCCAAAUUCCAUGACUAGGCCUGUAGAGCUCGUGGGUACUGCUGAACAAAUAGCUAAGGCGGAGCAGUUGAUAAAUGAUGUUCUUGCCGAGACUGAAGCAGGGGGUUCUGGCAUGGUUUCUAGACGAAUGACUGGACAGAAUUGAA